AUGCGCCUGUUUCCCAGCGAUAGCGGGCCCGUGCCUACCCGCACCGCAGCGGGAUUAAAUCCCCUUCUAGGGAACCCUAAACUUGCCAAGAAAUUGCGAAUACUUAAGCAGUUGCCAGACACAUCACCAUUUGCCCGUACUGUUUCUUUUGUUAAUUUGUCUUUCGAUGUGCGUCUUGAUAAAAAGAAUUAUACAUUUAUAGCAGUCGCCAGACACAUCACCAUUUGCAUCUGGCAAGUUUUGAAUCCCAGCUGUGGGACAACUUCACACGCACAGAACUUGCAGUUCCACCAGUGA